UAAAAUAAAUGCGUUUGAUUUGUGGCGUUUUUUGCAAACAAAAUAAGCCGUUUUAAAAAUCAAGUUUUUAACUGAGAUUUUUGGUGGCGUUAAUAAAAACUUUGGAUUACAUGAUUCCCGAAAAAUGGAUAGAAAUUAUUCACGGAAAAUGCAAGAAGGGGGUUUAUUUUAGAAGGACGCCAUUUUUGCAAAUGUAACUGUCAAAGCUAAUAGAAAGGUCAUAUUUAACAAUAUGGAUAUAUGAAGGCCUACUUAUUAGGAUUCACACUUCCAUGGAGCCCAAGGCGAUGUAAAUGGACAAGCACAAGGUUGGGAUUAUGAUGCAAAGUGCAAAAAAGGUGCCCAUAAGCGACAUCAACGAAUGUAUCACUUGUAAAUUGUGUAAAGGCUAUUUUAUUGAUGCUACCACUAUCAUUGAAUGUCUUCAUACAUUUUGUCGCAGUUGUAUUGUGCGAUAUUUGGAAUCUAAUAAAUACUGUCCAAUCUGUGAUGUUCAAGUUCAUAAAACCAAACCGUUGCUCAACAUUAGGUAUGACAAAACUAUACAAGAUCUCGUCUACAAACUGGUUCCAAGAUUAUAUUGCAAUGAAAUUAAAAGAAGAAAAGAAUAUUAUGAAAGUCAUCCAGAAGAAAAGCCUACGGUAUUAGAGCAGACUUUAAUGUCACAGUAUGAAUAUGUUUUAGCCCCGGAGGAGUCAAUUAAUCUCACUUUAAAAUACCAUGGAUGCAGUGAAGGUGUGCGCUAUCUAAGAUGUCCCAGUGCAGUUUCAAUUUUACACCUGAAAAAACUCGUCAGGGUGAAGUACGAGUUGACCGAACAACACAAUAUCGAGAUCUUCUACGACCAAGACUGCCUAAAUUCGUCGCUGUCUCUCAUGGAUGUCGCCUAUAUUUAUUCAUGGAAAAGGAAUACCCCUCUAGACUUAAGUUACAAAAUUUAUGAAUGCCCGGCGAAAAAGGCGAAGCUAGAUCAAGCGGUAUCGGAGGAUAACACUACAAACUCCCUGCAGAAUAAUAAUAAUUGGAAAGAGGUAGAGCUAAGAAUAAGUGAAAAUGGGGAAAUGUCUAUUACCGGGAUUCGGGAUUCUAUGAUUUUGGACGUUCCCGAAGACGUCGUAAUAGCGGAAAAGAAAGACACCGAGGAGAACCAAAGAGAAUCUGAAGAACCCGUUGAAGAAGUUAAAGUUGAAGAAAAAGUCAAAGAAAAUGAGAUAGUUCUUACACCCGUCGUGACUCAAGCUUCGCCUGUAAAAAAGGAGAUUCCUGGUCUCAAGUUCAUCGGUAAAAUACCUGCGAUUUCUCAGCCGAGUACUUCUUUAGAUGUUUCUGUUGUUACCACCACCACCACCACUACUUCCAGCAUCAGUAUCGUUACUUCCACUACAACCUUACCGAAAUCUUCAUCGGAAAUCAUCAUCACAUCUAACAUAUCCAUCAUUCCGUUGCCGACGGGCAAAGCUACCUGCAACACUACGACGGUCUUCAGCACGAUUAACAAGAGCAUGUGCAGCACGAAACCCGCCGAGAAACCCCCGGUAACCGAACCUAGAGCUCCGAAAAGGAAAAACGAGGACUCGAAAUUGGAGGAACUGGCACCUGCGUCUAAACUCCCCAAACCCACCAUUCUGAACCACACGAUCGGUUUGAUGAAUCUGUCGAAUAAUCAUCCUUUGAAGAAGCACAAGUUGAACAGGAACGGGGAGAUUUUGGAGAAGGUGACGGCGGGAUUGAGCGCGAAUAACGUGUCCGUUUUGACGAGCUCUAAACCGGUUGUGGUCAAUAAAAAUUCGACUACUGCAGGUGGUGCCGUAAAAGGUGGGGAGCAAAAGCCGGCCAAUACUCCUUGUUACGCGCCAAAAGGGACAGUUGAAAAGAACGGGGACAAGGGAGAAUACAGACGAGUAUACUUUGACUUUAGCACUCUACAGAAAACAACCGCCCCGCCUACUACUCACCAUCCUCACUCUCACCAAAUACCUAUUAUCACGCCCUCGCAACUUCCGCACAACCAAAUCCUCAACGCUCUGCACUUAAAAACGACCCCCGCUCCAAACACCACCGCUCCUCCCACCGUAGCUCAGGACACGCCCUCGCAGCUGCCUUCCACCACCGCGGCGGCCAAUCACGAUCCGUGCCCCGCCCCCAUGACCAUCAAAACCAAACCGAGCACGCCCAUCGGAUACAAGACGUUGCGCGAUCCGCCGAAAAGUUGGAACUCGCAGAUCAAUCUACAGAUUGCGAAGAAUACUAUCGCCCAAAAUCGGCAAAAUUCAGGCGAACUAAAGAACGUUAGACCGGCGAAGUUUUUUAAAGGGAGGAAUACUAUGCCGCGAUAUUUAGGAAAUCCAGCCUCAGGAGUAAAACCGAUGUACCAAGUACACGUCAGUCCUGACAAGGACAAGAACCACACAGAAAACGCUAAAGUAGAGAAAAGAGAAAUAAAGAAGCACUCGAUAGUGAAAAUCGAUCCCAAAACGUUGAAGCCGAUCAGCGAGAAGGCUCCUGAAACGUCGAACUUGAGUAACGUCACUGUACAUGCGUCGCCACAACCCAAUCAGGAAUUCAGGUUAAAUUCAUCUCCGGGUGAUCUAAAAAUCAACACCAGUUCAGUUUCCAUUUUUAAUCCGCUGAAGUUACAAAGUUCGCCUAAAGGGGACAGGAAGUCUCCAAAAAGUCCAAUCUCUCCAAAAGUUAAAGCUACAACGUGUGUAACAUCAGCCUCGACUCCUUCACUGUCUCCCAAACAGCAACGCGACAAAACGAAUUUGACGUUCACGCCACCCAACCCUUUUGUCCCAAAUUUAUCUAAUCCGACUCUGGGUCCUGGCCCUUGGGGAUACCCCAGCUACGACCCGCGAGUGAUGGCGGCUUACCAUAAUCUGUGGUACAGUCAGCGAAUGGCGGCGGGGCUAGUACCCACUCACUUACCUCUCGAGUUCAGCCUCAACAUGGCCGCCAUGAACCAAAAACUUACGGGAGUAACGAGUUCGUCGACUAAAGAGAGAAAGAAGAGGGAGGUGAGGGAAACUGGUAAAGACGGAAAAUUAAGUCAGGGUCCCGUAAAAUCUUCCGUUUCGCCAAAGGGCGAUCCUAAGAAGACUCUGGAGACUGCUUUGGAGAAGCUGUGCCAGAAUAAAGCGAAGGAAUUGGUGAUGGCUGCUAAUAAUAGUCAAAAACAUGUAGCGGAGGUUAAGGUGUCGGACAAGGGAAAAGUUGAGGACAAAGCUGCUGAUGUGGAAAUAGUAGUGGAGAAAAGUACAAAUGGACAGAAAGAAGAGAAAAACUCAGAACGGAUACAAACGUCCACCGCCUCAGUACCGGAUACGAAACAGCCUCAGACUAAGAAAAUAACCGAGGAAUCUCGACAACUUCCGCCAACCACAUCUACCGCAGUGGUCAAUAAGAAACCAGCAGCGAAUGAUGUUAAAACCCCCAUUGUCAAUGGAGAACAUCCCAAGCUCGACCCAUCGCUACCCCCACCACCCUCGUUAAAUGGUAAAAACACUGACGACGGUGACAGUUCGACUAACGAAACGUCGAAAAAGUGCUCGAGCGACGAAAACGUUGCGAAAAAUGAUGUCGGUAAGUGCGAUUCGAAAAACGAUAAACUUGUGAACCAAUGUAGCGAUGAAGUUGUGACGACUAAAGGUAACGAAUUAGAGACAGGACUAGCUGUAAAGAAUGGCGAGAAUCAAAGUGUGGGAGCGUAGGAUAUUGUAGUAAAAAUCACAGAAUCACCUAACCUUACAGAAGCGACACGGACGAUUGUUUCGUGGGCCGAAUUUUAAGGGAGUUUAUCAGUCCAUAACUUUAACCCCGGUCGUCAAGUUUUGACUAGAUAGUUAAUCUCAGGGAUGAAUAAGUAAAAAGUCGUAAUGCAAAAGAAAUAUUUUUUUAUGUGUUAAAAACAUUUCAUGAAAAGCAAAAAAUACUUUUUCCGAUUAUUAUUUAAGUAAAGCUCUUUUAAAAGCAUAGCUUUCUGUUAAUGCUUUGUAAAAAGUUAAUUUUUCUUUGGUGUUUUGUUGGUGAUAUAUUUUUUAUUUUGUGUAGAAGUUAAAAUUUAUGCCGAAAUAAUUGAAAGUAUAUGUUGAGAAAGAAGAGAAAUAUCAUUUCUCUCACCUUUCUCACGCAAAAAUAUUACUAAAAGUUAAAUAUCCAUCCCUGCAAAAUGCUUUCCCUUUUAUCUCUUCGAAUUAUUAUUUACUAGACUUAAUACGAAAAUAAACAUCACAAUUGUAAGAGCGAAUAAGAAAAAUAAAAUAUUUUUUUUAUUUAUAUAGCAUAAUAUAUGAAUGGUGUUAACAUCAAUUUAAUAUUCAAUCAACAUAAAUAAAAGAAGCCAAACUUACCUUGGAUGCCUGAUCUGCACAAUACUUCUCACUCCUUGAAAUAUAUAUUACGUAUUUUGCAAUCUAUAAAAAUAAAAUAUACUUGAGCAUCACUGGAAAACGCACACAAUCACAUUACCAUAAUCGAGUAUAUAAAAUAGUUAAAUAUGUUUGUUAUUGUACCGUAGCUAAGGCCACAAGGCGUCUCACCUACAUAUAGGCAUGGCCCAAAAGCGACAUAGUCGUAG